AUGGAUCGACUGGUGUCCAUCUGGCUGCAGUUGGAGAUCUGGGCCAUGGCUGUGCUCCUAACCAGAGGGGAAAUCCGCUGUUACUGUGACGCCCCUCACUGCGUAGCCACGGGUUACAUGUGCAAGUCGGAGCUGAACUCCUGCUUCACUCGCAUCUUGGAUCCGCAAAGCUCCAAAUCUCCGUUAUCGCACGGCUGUUACGACCCUCUGCUGAACGCCGGGGCCCCGUGCCACGCCGAGUCCGGUCGUGCCACCCUGUACGGCCCCGCCACACUGGAGUGCUGUCACGAGGACAUGUGCAAUUACAAAGGUCUUCACGAUCUCACCCACGGCCGGGGAGGAAGUCCGGGUAAGAGCACUCGUCCUCAGACUGAAGGCGGGCGCCAGGUUGUGGCCCGCGUGCAGGAAAUCCCCACCGCCAAGGAGGUGUGGUUCCGUGCGGCCGUCAUCGCCGUGCCCAUCGCCGGAGGCCUCGUCCUCAUCCUGCUCAUCACUUUGGCGCUCCGGAUGCUACGUAGCGAGAACCGGCGCUUGAGGCAGCAGCGGAGCGAGAUGCUCUCCCGCCUGCAGUACGGCUUCCAGGGGCAGCCGCUGGCCAAGGGGCGUGGCGCCAAGCUGGAUCUGGAGUGCAUGGUGCCCCUGGGCGGGCACGAAAACUGCUGCCUGACCUGCGACAAGAUCCGACAGACGGAGCUGAGCGGGCCUAGACUCCUGUCGCUGGUGCACUGGGGGCGGCACGGACCGCGAGGCAAGCUGGAGCACGUCUGACGGACGUUUCCUGUUGACCGUAUUUAAUUUUUACAUUUUUUUAUACAGGAGAGACUGAUAAAGGAGAAACACUUGAAGGCAUCACCCAUGUGGUUGCUGCUCUAGAAGCACUUUACUUUAGUCACAAGCAGACGACGGACUUUUAUACUGGACCUCUAAUGACCGAAGGAACCCAAAAUGAGACGCGGCGUUAGCGUUUGCACUUUUGUAUAAAGAAUCUGGUUGAACUGCUUUAACGUUUGUACAGAUGGACGCUCAGUCUUGCUGGUGUAAUUGACUCGUGUAAAUAUUACAUGUCUGACACAGA